GCGGAAAUCGGCGAUGAACUCGUGUUCCUGAGGGCCGGGAUUCCGCCAUUAGGGAAAUGCGGGGGGUCGCGGACCUCCUCAUCCGUUCGGGACGAGUUGAGGACCCAAUCAUGGAGAUGA